CCACACUUUUCUCCCAACUUCUUCAACACCUAACUCUCUCUUACUCCUCUGCCUUGUUCCUCUUUCUUUCUUCUCCUCCUCCUCCUCUGUUUUACUCCCCUGUUUUCAAUACCUCCAAAAAGAAAAAGAAAAAGAAAAAGAAAAAGAAAAAGAAAAACAACAACAAUGGCGGAAGGAAAUUACAAUAAUAGGCAUCACCACCACAACAAUAAUGUAAACUUUACAGAGCCAAGAGGGUUUAGUGAGAAAUUAAAAUCCAGUCUUAGUGAGACAUUCUUCCCAGAUGAUCCCUUCAGAGGAUUCAGUAAUGAUCCCCCUAAAAAGAGAUUAAUUAAAGGGAUAAAGUAUUUUGUGCCAGUUUUCGAGUGGCUUCCUAAGUAUAAUUUUAGCCUAUUUAGGUAUGAUUUACUUGCUGGUAUUACCAUUGCUAGUCUUGCUAUUCCUCAAGGUAUCAGUUAUGCCAACCUUGCUCGUGUUCCUCCUGUCAUUGGCCUUUAUUCAAGUUUUGUGCCACCUUUUAUAUAUGCCGUAUUUGGAAGUUCAAAGAAUUUGGCCGUUGGAACGGUGGCGGCUUGCUCCUUGCUCAUGGCUAAUACUAUUGGAGAGACGGUUUCUCCAACUGACAACCCAGCUUUGUAUCUCAGCUUGGUGUUCACGGCUACUUUCAUCUGUGGAAUUAUUGAAACUGCUCUCGGUGUCUUAAGAUUGGGAAUUCUGGUGGAUUUCUUAUCACAUUCAACGAUAACUGGAUUUAUGGGAGGAACUGCAGUGAUAAUAAUCUUGCAACAAUUGAAGGGUUUUCUCGGGUUAACGCAUUUUACUGCUAAAACUGAUCUUAUCUCAGUAUUGAAAACCUUGUUCAGCCACAAAAAUGAGUGGCAUUGGCAGAGUGCCCUUGUUGGUAUCAUCUUCCUUGCUUUCCUACAAUUCACUAGACACGUGAAAAACAAGAGGCCAAAGCUAUUUUGGAUUUCAGCCAUGGCUCCUCUGGUAGUUGUCAUAACUGGCGGCCUUUUCGCUUACCUUGCUCAUGCUGAGAAAUUUGGUAUCCAAAUUGUUGGUCAUUUGAAUAGAGGGAUUAAUCCGCCUUCCAUUAACCAAUUGAACUUUGAUCCCAAGUACAUUGCUGCACCUAUAAAAGCUGGAAUCCUAACAGCUGUUCUAGCUCUUGCUGAAGGAAUUGCCAUUGGAAGAAGUUUCGCAAUAAUGAAGAAUGAGCAGACUGAUGGCAACAAAGAGAUGAUCGCGUUUGGCCUUAUGAACAUUGUUGGUUCAUUUACUUCUUGCUACUUGACUACAGGACCGUUUUCAAAGACAGCAGUAAACUUCAAUGCAGGAUGCAAAACACAAAUGUCGAACGUGGUGAUGGCGAUAAUCAUGAUGUUGACACUAUUGUUCUUGGCACCAUUGUUUAGCUACACUCCAAUGGUUGCCCUUUCUGCAAUUAUAAUGUCCGCCAUGUUCGGUCUCAUUGAAUAUGACAAGGCAUUUCACCUCUACAAAGUGGAUAAGUUUGACUUCUGCAUUUGUAUGGUUGCUUUCUUUGGAGUCAGCUUCAUCAGUAUGGAUGUUGGCCUCGGCCUCUCGAUUGGGUUGGGAAUCGUAAGGGCAUUACUAUACACAGCAAGGCCAGCAACUUGUAAGUUAGGGAACAUUCCCAACACAAGUCUCUUCCGCGACAUUGAACAAUACCCUACAGCACGAGGGACUGCAGGAAUCCUAAUUCUUCAGCUAGGAUCCCCAAUUUUAUACUCAAACAGCACAUAUGUUAGAGAAAGAGUUCUAAGGUGGAUUAGAGAUGAAGAAUUCAAUACCGAGUAUCAAGGGGAUACCGUUGAACACCUUGUUUUGGAACUUGGAGGAGUGACAACCAUAGACAUGACAGGAAUAGAGGCUUUAUACGAAUUGAAAAGACUCCUAGGAGCUAAAGAUAUCAAGAUGUUGUUGGUAAAUCCAAGGAUUACAGUCCUAGAGAAGUUGACAGCUUCAAAGUUCAUUGAUGUAAUUGGGAAAGAAUCAGUGUUUUUGUCAAUUGAUGAUGCAGUUGAGUCAUGCAGAUUUAGAUUGGCUGGCCCAAGUAAAUUUGAUGGGCCAAGUAAAUUGAAUGGGCUAGAACAGGCCUGAACCCUGCUUUUUUGUGGAAAGAAAGGGAUAGAUUUUAAAGGAGGCCCUUUUCUGUAAAAUGCAAAGUGGGCUUUUUAUUUUUGUAAAGUAUGUAACUAUUGUUGGCCCAGUUAUAGUUUUACUUGGGGCUCAAUUAGUGAAUUUGUUCUAUCUUCUAAUUUCUAAAGAAGGUCGAACAAAGGGAAGUGUGGAGAAUGUGGAGAUGAUAAAUGUAAUUUAGGAGGCAUAUGAUGGAGAAUUUUAUUUUUUCUAGAGUUUUGGAAAUUGUAAAAUUGAUAUAUGGUUAUUGAAAUUUCUAGCAUUUCAAGAA